UCUCUCUCUCUCAUUAUCUCUCUCUCCCUCUUCCUCCGUUCCUCUCUCUUUCACUCUACAUGCUGCGGACUUUUUGGGAUCUGAGUAGGGCGCGAAUGCACACGAGUACGACGCGCAGAUAGGAGCAGAGAAACGAGCAGCCGGAUAAAGUAGGCGGGUGGGCGAGCGAGCGAGCGAAGGCGCGCGCGUGCUACGUCUCGCCGCGUGAGGGCUGAGAGCGACGACGUAGCGUGUUUCUCUAGCGAGCGACGAGAGAGCGGAGAGAGAGAGAGAGAGAAAGAGAGAGGGAGAGAGAGAGACACGAGAGCGGCAUGGAGACACUCGAGUCGAGCCGCAUGUGCCGCCUCUGCGGCCAGCAGUCCGGUAUAUCUAUCAACAUCUUCGACGAGAAUGAGAACCACGUCAGGAAAAUCAACGCGAUGCUGCCGAUCAUGGUGCACGAGAUGGACUUGCUGCCGAAGCACAUGUGCCACCGGUGCAGCUACAAGCUGGAGGAGUUCCACAAGUUCUACAUGGACUGCCUGAAGACGGACACGGCGCUGAAGAGCCAGCUGUCGUGGAUGCGCAAAGGCUGCGGCAGCCGGGAGAAAGUCGGCGUGCCGAUGGUGCACAUCGAGAACGUGAACAUCAAGACGGAGCCGUUGGACUACGACGUGUACGAGCUGGAGCCGAUAGUCGAGAACCUCGACUACAUCAACUCGAUGGCGAACUCGGUGGCGUUCCCGGCCGGCUGCAUUCGCGAGGGCUUGACGUACGCGGCGUUCUCGCACUGCCGAUGUUGCUGUGAUAAGGACCAAAGCAGACGGAGGACCACGGAACGGCUGUGCCGGAAUUACGAGGGCUCCGUGUGCUCCAGGCGCGCCGAGAUCGCGGAGGACCCACGACGGAGGACGGCCCUCGAGAGUGCCAGGUUAUGCUCGGCUAAGAGGAAGGUGUUGGCACGCGCCGCGCUUCAGGAUCGGGACCACCUGUCGCGCCUCAACACCAUGGAGGAGACGCGAGUUCACCUGACUAGGACGGAAACAAAGGACCUGCCCGCUCUGAACACACGGGAUCGUUCCCGCGGUAGCAGGUACGCGACGGUUGCUGAAACCACCUUCCAAGCGGCCGAUUUCUCCAAGAGCACCGUGGUGAGGAAUCUGAGGCCCAGGAUAAAUUUGGUGAACUACGCGCUGAACAAGAAGAAAGUAUUCCGUGUUCCGGAGAACAAGCCGGACAUCACCGACUCGAACGUGACCCCUACGUCGGGCUUGGAGCUGACGCGGCAGAUCAAGGUGGAGCAGCUGGACGAGCUGGAGGGACGCACCUUAAGACCGAGGAAGAACGUCGUGGAUUAUCGCGGGCCGAAGAGGAAGAGUACGACGCCGGAACUAGCGCGUCACGAACAGAGGAAGGACUCGCUGUCGUAUCGCGCGAAGAGACGCAAACUGGACGACGUGGCUCGGAGUUCGAAGCUGCAGUCGAAGGGCAAGGAUACAUCAGAAGUUCUCAAGUUGAAGAUAAAGCAGGAGGUUUUGGACGACCGGGAUGACGUGGUCCUCGGCGAAACGACCAGCGUGACGUCAGUGGAGGGCCGCGCGAAAAUCGCCGACUUGCCGGCCGACUGUACGGUGAAAAUGUUGGUGACCGACGUCGGUGUGAAUCCGCGGGACAACGUGAACUACUUUGGAACGAACCGACAAGCCGAGGGCGAGUUCCGGCCGGCCAAGAAGAAGCCGGCCGUCGCCAGUGGUGACAAGAAUAAGUCGAAGAAGAUCGGUCGCUUCUCCACGGCGAAUUAUUCACCCAAGUGUCUGAGGAGUCAGGACGCCUACCUGAGGAGCGGCAAGACGCGGAAGUACGACUACGUGGAAUGGUCGAUGAAGAGGCUGCGCACGAGGAAGCUGAUGGACGCGGUCGCGAAGAACGCGAAGAAGGUGCCGGCGAUGCUGAAGCUGGCCGAGAGCAUCAAGCAUUAUUGCGAGACUUGUAACGUUAGCUUCAUGAACAUGGAGCUGUUCAAGCUGCAUGCGUGCUACUACGAUUGAUUUUCUCUCCGUGAUCGUGUGAUUCUCAAGCCCAUCUGGUCAUCAAAGGCGCCCGAAGGAUGCCGGGAGAUUCAAGAGAGCGACUCUUUCCUAAAACGAAACGGAGACGCUCGAUAGCGUGAGAGAACUUCGCGACGAAUAGUAGACGGUCGUCAGGAAGAUGAGAGAGUUUUCGUGUAAUCGAGAGUGCACGCAUAUACAUGUACACGCAUAUAUAUAUAUAUAUAUAUAUAUACGCAGAUGGUGUUGAGGGUCUCUAUUAUCCGGAUAUUUGGUUCUCGCAGUGGGAAAGGUUCUGCUUACGUUCAGGUAUCUAGGAGAUGACGGGACGGUUGUCCCGGAAAAUGUGUGCCUGUCCCUGAAAAUUUUGUAAAUUUAAGGUAUUCCCGGUAACAAUAUUGACUUGCGUGACAAGUAAUUUUUUUUUCAUUUUCUUUGAUCUUUAUCCGACAAAAUCGGGUAACGAUUUGGAACUUCUAGCGUAAUACUGGAGUGGGAAAUCAUGUAUUCUUUGUGUACAUGAUGUAUUUUUUAUUUGUACAUGAUAUAUUAUUACCGUUAUUUUGGCAACCGUUCGUUAUGUACAAAGACAUGUACACGCUUAUAUAUCUUAUUUACGAUGCAUCAAGCUAUGACAAUUGUUGCGACAUACGCUUAAGAUUUUAUGUAGUGAUACACGAAUCGCCUUCAAAGAAUAACAAUAUGAAUAUAUAUACAUAUAGAUAUAUAGAGAUAUAUUUUAUGAGAAACGCAAGAAAAAAUAUAUAUAUGUACCGAAAUCGCGAGAGACAAAACCAUGUGAUAUGUUGUAGAAAAAUAACGACUGAUUUUUUGGAGAACCUUCGCGAUGUUCAAAUCGACGGACGAUAAUCAUUGAAUACUUUACACUGUUCCGAAAUUUUCUAUGUCAAUCUUGACGUGCGAAAUAAAAAAUCGUAUAAUAUAUAUGUGAAUAUAUACAUAUAUAUAUAUAUAUAUAUAUAUAUAUAUAUAUGAAUGAAUGGUUCUGUAUUUGACACUGAACUAUAAAGAGCUUACAGUUAUAAGAAAAAUAUCAAUUUUUUUCAAAAGAAAUUUUGUGAAAAUAAUCCUCCAAUUGCACGGUCAAUCUAUGAUCAAGUAACUGAGUAUACUAUCAUUUUAAUAUUGCUACAUCACGAGAUAUAAUAAUUAACUGAUAUUUUUGUAUCACAAUCGAUUCACAAUUGCUUAUUGCGACAUUAGCCGCGUUAAUUUAUGCGAUCUUUAAUUAUUGCAAGGUGUUUCUCCGAAUUAUUCGUCUGUUAACACACAAAUAAAAAAACAGAGAUUGUUAUCUAGUAGAUAUAUCUUUCUCAUAUCAUUGAAUUAAUUAAUAAAUGUUAUAUAAUUGUA